CUGCUUGCUCACAAUGUUCUGCACAUCUCUCCAUUUUACACCUCUCUCUAUCCUGUAAAUUUCUCUCUCCAUUUUACAUCUCUCUCGUUAUUUUCAUUCUUGUGAUUAGUUUCAUCACGAGUAGUUUCCCUGUUGCUAUUUCCUCUCUCUCUCUACUUUCCAUCUAGCUCCACCAUUUUUUCACACUUUCUCUCGGUAAUUCUGCCCUGUUAACACAUUCUGCAAUGGAGGAAGAAGAACCCGAAAAGGUGGACAUAAUGAUCCUUGGAGCUUCAGGGUUCACAGGCAAAUACGUUAUUAGAGAAGCCCUCAAAUUCAUCAACAGCUCACCUUCUUCUUUUUCUCCUUCAUCAUCUUCUUCUCCUCCAUUAAAGCUCGGCCUUGCGGGUCGAUCAAAACCCAAGAUCUUAUCAGCUCUCAAAUGGGCUUCUUCCCCUUCUCCUCCACCCGGAAUCCCCAUUUUUGAAGCCGACGUCUCGAACCCACUUUCUCUUUCCUCUCUCUGCAAGCAAACCAGGCUCUUACUCAACUGUGUCGGCCCCUUUCGCCUCUACGGUGAACCGGUUGUAUCUGAAUGCAUCAGAGCUGGUAUAGAUUACCUUGAUAUCACUGGAGAACCAGAGUUCAUGGAAAAAAUUGAGGCCUUAUACCAUGAAAAAGCAGUUCAGAGUAAUUCCCUUGUGAUUUCAGCUUGUGGGUUCGAUUCAGUUCCUGCUGAAUUAGGGUUUGUGUUUAAUUCAAGGCAAUGGGAACCACCAUCGAUACUGAACAGUAUCGAUGCUUAUUUGGUUUUGGAAUCUGAUAAGAGAAUUGUGGGUAAUGUGGGGACUCUUGAGUCUGCAAUUUUGGGGUUGUCGAGUUUUGACGAGUUGCAGAGGCUAAGGAGGUCGAGACCCAAGCGUCCUAGACCGCAGAUUCCAGGCCCCCCUACCAGUAAGGGAGAGCUUAUACAACACCAGAAAUCAGUUGGACUUUGGGCUGUUAAGUUACCUUCUGCCGAUGCCAUAGUUGUUCGAAGAACACUUACAUCUUUGACUGAGAACCCAAAUGGGCUUUCAGGAGUUAAUGAGACCCCAGAUCACAUUUCAAAGAGAGAGAAGUUCUGGUCCCAAAUAAAGCCUGCUCAUUUCGGUGUAAAAAUUGGGUACAAAUCUCCAUUGGGUAUUAUACGUCUUAUAGUGGUUGGCAUCAUUAUGGGUAUUUUAACAAGAUGCGCUUUUGGCCGUAGUCUCCUUUCGAAAUACCCUGAAAUAUUCACUCUCGGGUGGUUUAGGAAGUCGGGACCUACAGAGGAAGAAGUGAGAAGUGCUUCCUUCAAAAUGUGGUUUGUGGGACGUGGUUAUAGUGAUGAAAGCCAACUAAAAAGAGGGAAGAUGGAUAAGGAAGUGAUAACUCGAGUCUCGGGGCCGGAGAUUGGUUAUAUUACGACACCAAUAAUUCUUGUUCAGUGUGCUCUUGUUUUGCUCAAAGAAAGAGGGAAUUUGCCCCGCGGUGGCGUUUACACACCGGGAAUUGUUUUUGGCCCUACCGAUCUGCAAAAGCAUCUCCAAGAGAAUGGAUUGUCUUUCGAGCUCAUUUCUAAGAAUGCUCAACCUACCUGAUGUAGUGGUUUGCUUCUCUCUCUCUCUCUCUCUCUCUCUCUCUAUGAACUUAGUCAUCUCUUUUUUUCCAUAAUAUCCUGGCCUUUUUGCAUUGUUCUCAUCGUGUACCAACGCUCAUCAACCUAUGAAAAUUUAUGGGCCUGUAAUUUUUGAACUAGUAGAGGUUUGGGGCGAUGGCUGUAAUAAUGAAGCUGGUUUCUUAGUUGUUUUGCUGCUU